AUGCAACUCAUCAAUGUAUUUUCCUUUCGUUUCUGUCUGCUUUCUUCCUUUUUCUCUUUCGUCCUUCCUUUCCUGAUUCGCUUACUGACGGGAAAUCAUUUAACAAAUUCAUCAUUUCUGUUUUCUUCCCUUGUUUUGUUUUUCUUUUUAUCCUUCAAUUCGUUUCUUCCUUCUUUUCUUUUUUCCUUCGUUCUUAACUUUAAUUCCUUUUUUUCUUUUCCAACUUAUUUUUCUUCCUUUCAAUUCUUCAUUAUCUUCCUCUUUUCUGUCUCUGUUCUUCCUUUUCUUUCCAUAAGUUUGACGCAAUUUUCAUUGUUGGUUUCUGUCACUUUUUCUCCUUUCUUUCUUUCUUUUGUUGCUUGUGCUGUCUUUAAUACUUCAUUGACGUCGGCUCUUAUGUUCCUAACAGAACUCUGUACCAAAGAACUAUUUUCGUGUGUGUCCAGCGAUUAUUUGCACCAACGUCCUGUCUUGACGUUCCUCUUUACACAUUUGUGGGGCGGGGGAAGAACCAGCCUAUUUAAGCAGUUCGUCGUGGGUCUAGAAACGCCCACUUCCUUGUCUGUUUCCUGUCAGAUACGUUUUAUUUACAUUCUUCUUCUUUUUCUUCUGCGACGCAUUCAUUCUUUCCAUUCCCAAGAAUUUGCAUAUCAUAGCAUCCAAAGACUGGGCUUCCAUUCAUGUCAAGUUUUUGGCGAAUUAGUUAAAAGCGUUGUCAUCGUUGAUUAUCUAUCUAUCUAUCUAUCUAUCUAUCUAUCUAUCUAUCUAUCUAUCUAUCUAUCUCAGUCUGUUCAUAUCUAUCUAUCUUAUUCUGUUCAUAUCUAUCUAUCUAUCUAUCUAUCUAUCUAUCUAUCUAAGUUUCAUGCACGUAGAUAUGCGUGUAUAUCUUUCUUUCCGAUAUGCAUAUCAAAUUUACCUAAGUUGAGUUAUCUCAAUCUAUCUAUCUAUCUAUCUAUCUAUCUAUCUAUCUAUCUAUCUCUCUCUCUCUCUCUCUCUCUUUUAUAUAUAUAUAUAUAUAUAUAUAUAUAUAUAUAUAUAUAUCUUUCUUCAUAUGAUUUUUCCGGCCAAAAAUAUACGGGAUGGUCUAUCUACCUCGCUAUCUGUUUCGGUCUAUAUCUAUCUAUCUAUCUAUCUAUCUAUCUAUCUAUCUAUCUAUCUAUCUGCAAGGACAUUUUGGUUACUUUGUAUUUAUAUGAUAAAUAUCCUCUUCAAUUUUAG